UUGAAAAGUCACGAACAUCGCAAAAACGUUUGGCGUGAACGCGUUUUCGGUAGUCCGUGUUAUUGUUGAUUUUUAGAGGAAAAACCAUUUAAAACUGAUGAAAAAUUAGUGCAAAUUGUUCUUAAGCGAGUACUGUAAUCGCUUAUCAAAAUGUCUCUGCCGCCGUACAUGAUACCGCCCAAUCAAUGGGCCGCCCACAUGAUGGCCCAGCAGCAGGCCUACGCCGUUCAGCAAGCACAGGCCCAGCAUCAACAUCAAGCCGCGGCUGCACAGAUGCACGCCCAGCAAUUGGCUGCCACGCAGAUGCAGAUUCCUCCUCCGAUGGGACACAUUCCACCGCCGGGUCCGCCGAAACCGGAAAUUGUCCUGCCCGAGGAAAAGUUGAUGGAAAAAGCUCAGAAGUGGCAACAGCUGCAGACGAAGCGAUUCGCUGAAAAACGAAAGUUUGGGUUUGUCGAUGCUCAGAAGGAGGACAUGCCACCGGAGCAUAUUCGGAAAAUUAUUCGUGAUCACGGCGAUAUGACCAGUCGAAAAUAUCGGCACGAUAAACGAGUAUAUUUGGGGGCGUUGAAGUACAUGCCACAUGCGGUUAUGAAGCUUUUGGAGAACAUGCCAAUGCCGUGGGAGCAGAUCCGGGACGUUCCGGUAUUGUACCACAUAACGGGGGCGAUUACGUUUGUUAACGAAAUCCCGUGGGUAAUUGAGCCGGUUUACAUAGCUCAGUGGGGUACGAUGUGGAUCAUGAUGCGUCGCGAGAAGCGUGAUCGAAGGCACUUUAAGCGGAUGCGAUUCCCUCCAUUUGACGACGAAGAACCUCCGUUGGAUUAUGCUGAUAACGUGUUGGAUGUGGAACCACUAGAAGCCAUUCAGAUUGAACUGGACUCUGAAGAGGAUGGCAGCGUUCACGAAUGGUUCUACGAACACCGUCCCCUAAUCGGAACUCCCUACGUGAAUGGGUCAACGUAUAGAAAGUGGAAUUUGACGUUGCCACAGAUGGCAACCCUCUAUCGACUGGCCAAUCAAUUGCUGACGGAUCUGGUGGACAGCAAUUUCUUUUAUUUGUUUGACCCGAAGAGCUUCUUCACUGCAAAGGCUUUGAAUAUGGCUAUUCCGGGAGGUCCGAAAUUUGAACCUCUGAUUAAGGAUCAUAAUGUUGGAGACGAGGACUGGAACGAAUUCAAUGAUAUAAACAAAAUUAUUAUUCGGCAGCCAAUUCGGACUGAAUACAGGAUUGCCUUUCCGUAUCUGUACAACAAUAUGCCACAUUUUGUGCAUUUGUCAUGGUACCAUACGCCCAAUGUGGUAUUCAUCAAAACGGAAGAUCCGGAUCUGCCGGCGUUCUACUUUGAUCCCCUUAUUAAUCCGAUCGCUCAUCGUCAUGCCGUCAAAUCGAUGGAACCCCUUCCGGACGAUGAAGAAGAAUUCACUCUACCGGAAGAGUUUCAACCGUUCCUACAGGAUACUCCGCUCUAUACGGAUCAUACCGCCAAUGGAAUAUCGUUGCUUUGGGCUCCUCGUCCGUUCAAUAUGCGCUCGGGUCGAUGCCGGCGUGCAAUUGAUAUCCCGCUUGUCAAAUGCUGGUACAAAGAACACUGUCCUCCGGGUCAUCCGGUUAAAGUACGCGUGAGCUAUCAGAAACUGCUCAAAUAUUACGUGCUGAAUGCGUUGAAACAUCGCAAACCAAAACCGCAGAAGAAGCGCUAUUUGUUCCGUUCGUUCAAGGCGACCAAGUUCUUCCAGACUACGACGUUGGAUUGGGUCGAAGCUGGUCUGCAGGUGUGUCGCCAGGGUUACAACAUGCUUAAUUUGUUGAUCCAUCGCAAGAAUCUUAACUACCUGCAUCUGGAUUACAAUUUCAAUCUGAAGCCGGUGAAAACUUUGACCACUAAGGAACGUAAGAAGUCUCGGUUCGGUAACGCAUUCCAUCUGUGUCGUGAAAUUUUGCGUUUGACUAAACUGAUAAUCGAUUCGCAUGUACAGUAUCGGCUGAAUAAUGUAGAUGCCUUCCAGCUGGCCGAUGGACUGCAGUACAUCUUUGCUCACGUGGGACAGUUGACCGGUAUGUACCGGUACAAGUACAAACUGAUGCGACAGAUUCGUAUGUGCAAGGAUUUGAAGCAUUUAAUUUACUAUCGAUUUAACACGGGUCCAGUCGGAAAAGGGCCUGGGUGCGGAUUUUGGGCACCGGGAUGGCGCGUGUGGCUUUUCUUCAUGCGUGGUAUUACACCGCUGCUUGAGCGUUGGCUGGGAAAUCUGUUGUCCCGUCAGUUCGAAGGUCGUCACUCAAAGGGUGUCGCAAAGACGGUGACCAAGCAGCGUGUCGAGUCGCACUUCGAUCUGGAGUUGCGUGCGUCAGUUAUGCAUGACAUUGUCGACAUGAUGCCGGAGGGCAUCAAACAGAAUAAAGCGCGAACCAUUCUGCAGCAUCUCUCGGAAGCUUGGCGCUGCUGGAAGGCGAAUAUUCCGUGGAAGGUGCCGGGACUACCGAUUCCGAUUGAGAACAUGAUUUUGCGGUAUGUGAAGAUGAAGGCUGACUGGUGGACCAAUACUGCCCACUACAAUCGAGAACGUAUAAGACGUGGUGCCACGGUGGACAAAACUGUAUGCAAGAAGAAUCUGGGUCGUUUGACUCGUCUCUACCUGAAGGCAGAACAAGAACGCCAGCAUAACUAUUUGAAGGACGGUCCAUAUAUCUCGCCGGAGGAAGCGGUUGCAAUUUACACCACUACGGUUCACUGGCUAGAAUCUCGUCGAUUUGCGCCAAUACCGUUUCCUCCGUUGUCGUAUAAGCACGACACAAAGCUGUUGAUUCUGGCUCUGGAGCGUUUGAAGGAAGCUUACAGUGUCAAGUCACGACUUAAUCAGAGCCAGCGUGAGGAGUUGGGACUGAUCGAACAGGCGUACGAUAAUCCCCACGAAGCACUGUCCAGAAUUAAGCGUCAUUUGCUAACCCAGCGAGCGUUUAAAGAGACUGGUAUAGAGUUCAUGGAUUUGUACAGUCAUCUCAUUCCGGUGUAUGAUGUAGAACCGCUGGAGAAGAUCACUGACGCUUACCUGGAUCAGUAUCUUUGGUAUGAAGCAGACAAACGUCGGUUGUUCCCGCCGUGGAUCAAACCUAGUGAUACUGAACCACCGCCGUUGUUGGUCUAUAAAUGGUGUCAAGGCAUCAACAACCUGCAGGAUGUAUGGGACGUCUCGGAAGGCGAAUGCAAUGUCCUACUGGAAUCCCGCUACGAGAAGCUGUACGAAAAGAUCGAUCUCACGUUGCUCAAUCGACUGCUGCGUCUGAUCGUCGAUCACAACAUUGCUGAUUACAUGACGGCCAAGAACAACGUUGUUAUCAAUUACAAGGAUAUGAAUCACACCAACAGUUAUGGCAUUAUUCGCGGAUUGCAAUUUGCUUCGUUCAUCGUACAGUACUACGGCUUGGUAUUGGAUCUGUUGGUGUUGGGUUUGCAACGGGCCAGCGAGAUGGCUGGUCCACCGCAGAUGCCGAACGAUUUCCUAACGUUUCAGGAUGUGGCCACAGAGACGUGUCAUCCGAUUCGUUUGUACUGUCGGUACGUGGAUCGGAUUCACAUCUUUUUCCGUUUCACGGCCGAGGAAGCAAGGGACUUGAUCCAGCGGUACUUGACCGAACAUCCAGAUCCGAACAAUGAGAAUAUUGUGGGAUACAACAAUAAAAAGUGUUGGCCACGUGAUGCCCGAAUGCGACUGAUGAAACAUGACGUUAAUUUGGGUCGCGCCGUGUUUUGGGAUAUAAAAAAUCGUUUGCCACGAUCCGUAACGACGGUACAAUGGGAUAACACAUUCGUUUCGGUUUACUCGAAGGACAACCCGAAUUUACUAUUCAACAUGUGUGGUUUCGAGUGCAGAAUUUUACCUAAGUGUCGCACUCAAAACGAGGAGUUCACUCAUCGGGACGGAGUAUGGAACCUGCAGAACGAGGUGACCAAGGAACGUACAGCUCAAUGUUUCCUGCGAGUUGACGAUGAGUCACUGUCUCGGUUCCACAAUCGCGUCCGUCAGAUUCUGAUGGCUUCCGGUUCCACCACGUUCACCAAGAUUGUGAACAAAUGGAAUACGGCUUUGAUUGGGCUGAUGACGUACUUCCGCGAAGCGGUUGUCAACACACAGGAACUGCUAGAUUUGCUUGUCAAAUGUGAGAAUAAGAUUCAGACGCGUAUCAAGAUUGGACUGAAUUCAAAAAUGCCCUCGAGAUUUCCGCCGGUUGUUUUCUAUACACCUAAGGAACUGGGAGGAUUGGGUAUGUUGAGUAUGGGUCACGUGUUGAUACCGCAGUCCGAUUUACGAUGGUCUAAACAGACGGACACGGGUAUUACGCAUUUCCGAUCCGGUAUGUCGCACGACGAGGAUCAGCUGAUUCCGAAUUUGUAUCGAUACAUUCAACCAUGGGAGAGUGAGUUUAUUGAUUCGCAGCGAGUGUGGGCUGAGUACGCACUGAAGAGACAGGAAGCUAACGCUCAGAACAGACGAUUGACGCUGGAAGAUCUAGAGGAUAGCUGGGACAGAGGCAUACCUAGAAUUAAUACGUUAUUCCAGAAAGAUCGACACACUUUGGCCUACGACAAAGGAUGGAGAAUAAGAACAGAGUUCAAGCAGUACCAGGUGUUGAAACAGAAUCCUUUCUGGUGGACGCAUCAAAGGCACGAUGGUAAAUUGUGGAACUUGAACAACUACCGUACCGACAUGAUUCAAGCAUUGGGAGGCGUGGAAGGUAUUUUGGAGCACACCCUCUUCAAGGGUACGUACUUCCCAACAUGGGAAGGUCUCUUCUGGGAGAAGGCAUCCGGUUUCGAAGAGUCUAUGAAGUACAAGAAGCUAACCAACGCACAGCGUUCCGGUUUGAAUCAGAUUCCGAAUCGUCGAUUCACGCUUUGGUGGUCGCCAACUAUCAACCGAGCAAACGUCUACGUUGGUUUCCAGGUGCAGCUUGAUUUGACCGGUAUUUUCAUGCACGGUAAAAUCCCGACUCUGAAGAUUUCACUUAUUCAAAUUUUCCGAGCCCAUUUGUGGCAGAAAAUUCACGAAUCUAUUGUGAUGGAUUUGUGUCAGGUGUUCGAUCAGGAACUUGAUGCAUUGGAAAUUGAAACGGUUCAGAAGGAAACGAUCCAUCCUAGGAAAUCGUACAAAAUGAACUCGUCCUGUGCUGAUAUCCUAUUGUUCCCGGCUUAUAAGUGGAAUGUUUCACGUCCUUCUCUACUAGCAGAUACGAAAGACACGAUGGAUAAUACAACUACUCAAAAGUAUUGGUUGGAUGUUCAACUGCGAUGGGGUGACUACGAUUCCCACGACGUUGAACGUUACGCACGUGCCAAGUUUUUGGAUUAUACUACGGAUAACAUGUCUAUUUAUCCGUCCCCAACUGGUGUGCUUAUUGCGAUCGAUUUGGCCUACAAUCUACACAGUGCCUACGGAAAUUGGUUCCCAGGUUGCAAACCGCUUAUUCAGCAAGCUAUGGCCAAAAUCAUGAAAGCCAAUCCUGCUCUGUAUGUGCUUCGAGAACGUAUUCGUAAGGCUUUGCAGCUCUACAGUUCGGAACCAACGGAACCAUACCUAUCUUCCCAGAAUUACGGUGAACUGUUCUCCAAUCAGAUUAUUUGGUUUGUGGACGACACAAACGUGUACCGAGUAACCAUCCACAAGACGUUCGAGGGUAACUUGACUACGAAACCGAUCAACGGAGCGAUUUUCAUUUUCAAUCCACGAACGGGUCAACUGUUCCUGAAAAUCAUUCACACGUCAGUGUGGGCCGGCCAAAAACGUCUCGGUCAGCUGGCGAAGUGGAAAACAGCUGAAGAAGUUGCUGCACUUAUCCGAUCGCUGCCGGUUGAAGAACAACCCAAGCAGAUUAUCGUCACCAGGAAAGGUAUGUUGGAUCCCCUCGAGGUACAUUUGCUCGAUUUCCCAAAUAUUGUGAUCAAGGGUUCGGAGCUACAGUUGCCCUUCCAGGCUUGCUUGAAGGUGGAGAAGUUCGGUGAUUUGAUUCUGAAAGCUACCGAACCACAGAUGGUGCUGUUCAAUUUGUACGAUGACUGGUUGAAGACCAUUUCAUCCUACACGGCAUUCUCGCGUUUGAUUCUUAUUCUCCGAGCGUUGCAUGUGAAUACUGAGCGGACCAAGGUGAUUCUAAAACCGGACAAAACGACGAUCACGGAAGCUCAUCACAUUUGGCCAACACUCAGUGACGAAGAAUGGAUCAAGGUUGAAGUUCAACUGAAGGACUUGAUCCUUGCCGAUUACGGUAAGAAAAACAACGUGAAUGUUGCCUCGCUGACCCAGUCCGAAAUUCGUGAUAUCAUUCUUGGAAUGGAAAUUUCGGCUCCAUCGGCUCAGCGUCAGCAGAUUGCCGAAAUCGAGAAACAAACCAAGGAACAAUCGCAGUUAACUGCCACCACCACUCGAACUACCAACAAACAUGGUGAUGAAAUCAUCACUUCAACGACGAGCAACUACGAAACGACGACGUUCAGUUCGAAAACUGAGUGGCGCGUUCGUGCUAUCUCGGCUACAAAUCUGCAUCUUCGUACCAACCACAUCUACGUUAGUUCGGACGACAUCAAAGAAACCGGUUAUACGUAUAUUCUGCCGAAGAACAUCCUUAAAAAGUUUGUUACUAUUUCCGAUCUUCGCGCCCAGAUCGCAGGAUACCUGUAUGGCGUAAGCCCACCAGAUAAUCCGCAGGUCAAAGAAAUUCGCUGUAUAGUCAUGCCCCCGCAGUGGGGUACCCAUCAACAAAUUAACCUUCCUAACUCCUUACCGUCUCAUCAAUAUCUCAAAGAUAUGGAACCGCUUGGCUGGAUCCACACUCAACCGAACGAGUUGCCCCAGCUGUCCCCACAGGACAUCACGACACACGCCAAGAUCAUGUCUGAGAAUCCUAACUGGGACGGAGAAAAAACUAUAAUCAUAACCUGUUCGUUCACGCCCGGAUCUUGCUCCCUCACGGCCUACAAGCUGACUCCUUCAGGGUACGAAUGGGGUCACAAAAACACCGACAAGGGUAACAAUCCUAAGGGAUAUCUUCCGUCGCAUUACGAGCGCGUCCAGAUGUUGUUGUCUAACAAAUUCCUUGGCUUCUUUAUGGUGCCGGGUCAGGGCAGCUGGAACUACAACUUCAUGGGUGUCCGGCAUGACCCGAAUAUGAAGUACGAACUGCAGUUGGCGAAUCCGAAAGAAUUUUAUCACGAGGUUCAUCGACCGUCGCAUUUCCUGCUCUUUUCCAGCCUGGAGGAGGGUGGCGACGGCAACGGAGCUGAUCGGGAAGAUUUGUAUGCGUAAACAAGUUGGACUUGAUAGGACUAUUACAAUAAUAAUGUGACACUUUCGACUUCGUUAGUGGCUUUAGACUAAGUUUUGUAAAUAUCUGAUUGAUUAUUAUAAACUACACUAUGCUUUGAAUAAAGUAUGCAAUCCCA